AUGGCGCUGCCUGCCAACUAUAAACACAACAUACCGGGUCCGUCGAUGCCUCCGCAACGGAUACGCCCAUCGGGCUCGGGCGCCGACCGGAAGGACAAUUCCAGCCCCUUCAUGCACAACCCGCAUGGUAAUCCGGCGUUCAACCCGCAAAAGAUGGGUAAGGCUUCUGCUGCGUCCGAGUCGAAAAUGAUUAAGCCACCGAAACCGCCGGAGAAGCCCCUGAUGCCGUACAUGCGCUAUUCGCGCAAGGUAUGGGAUUCGAUCAAGGCUUCCAAUUCCGAUCUGAAGCUGUGGGAGGUGGGCAAGAUCAUCGGUCAACAGUGGCGUCUGCUGCCGGAUUCGGAAAAGGAGGAGUACAUUGCGGAGUACGAGCUAGAGAAAGCGGAACACGAGAAGAACAUGAAGGCGUACCACAACUCGCCGGCCUACCUGGCGUAUCUUACGGCACGCAACAAGGUAAGGCCCGGUGAUGGCGAUGGUCACGAAACAUCAUCGCGGUCUAGUUCGAAGGGCACGCAAGCCGAUCGUCGCAUUGACAUUCAACCGGCCGAGGACGAAGAUGAUCCGGACGAUGGGUACUCGUUCAAGCACGUAGCGUACGCUCGGUUUUCGCGCAACCAUCGGUUGAUAAACGAAAUCUUUUCGGACGCGGUCGUUCCGGACGUUCGUUCGGUGGUGACCACGCAGCGCAUGCACGUGCUAAAGCGCCAGGUGCAGUCACUUACGAUGCAUCAGAUGAAGUUGCAGCACGAGCUGCAACUGAUUGAAGAAAAAUUUGAAACGCGCAAGCGAAAGUUUGUCGAAUCGAGCGAAACGUUUCAAGACGAGCUGAAAAAGCACUGCAAACCGGCAGUGGAUGAGGACACGUUUCAGAAGAUGGUUGAUAGGCAGUACGAAAUGAUGAAACGAGACCGUUUGCGGGCUCUUGAGGAAGCUCAGAAGCCACCCGCACCGGUUCCGGCACCAGCUCCCGCACAACAAACUCCAGCAGGAGCUGCGAAAGCUGAAUCGGACCAACCGCAAGAUCAAGCCGCUACAAACGAAGGCUCUGCUGAGGGUGAUACUCCGGCAGGUCCGAAGGCAGAAUCAACCGAAACAGCCCGUGAUCGGUCACCACCGGCGGCAGCUGUUUCGGACGAAUCUCAAGGAUCGCAGGAUUCUUCGGCUGGUGGACCACAACAACCGCCAGUUGAGAAGAUGGACACUACGGAAGACGCUAAGCCGGAUGCUAAAGAUGAAAAGGUGGCUGCCAAUGUGUCGAAAACGCUGCCGGAAGUGACUAAGGAAUCUGUUACACCGGCUUCGAAUCCUCCUGCCGUUCCAGAUCAGCAAGUUCCGAUUUCGUCGCUUCCACCAGGUGUCCCUCCUACUCCCCCAUCUCAGGGAGGAAUUCCACCAACGCCGCCCGUUGCUACAACACCACCAGCAGAACCGAAGGCGGAAGUUCCGCCUAGCUCCACAGUACACCACACUGGUCCUGCCCAACCACCGCAACAGGCCACACACCAUACGGUCGUUCAUGGUGCGUAUCCACCUCACACCGCUCCAGUAACUUCCGCGCCCUCCGGACCAGCCCCACACCAAGCGCCGAUUGUACCCACGCCCCCACCACCAUCCCACACUCCGGAAUCGCAGGUUCCACCACCGAACGUAACCGUACCGCAUCAUCAGCCACCCCAUCCUCCUCCCCACCACAUGCCACCGCAUAUGCAACCGCAUCCGGGCAUGCCCGCUCAUGGGCCCACAUUCCCCGGCUAUCCACAUGCCGGUUCACCACGUGCACCGUACUAUCUGUCGUCUUACGGGGCACACCCACAACCGUACGGUCAGUACGGACACUAUCCGUACCAUCAGCAGUAUGGCCCUCCGCCACCACCACCCCCCGGUAGCUACGUAACGGGUGCUGUCCGACCACCCGGUGGACCGCCCGGACCGAUGGGACACUAUGGGGAGGUGCAUCCGCAUCCAGAAGCGCACCACGGCUACGGACCACCGCCACCGACGGCCGGUGGCGCUGGCCCACCCAGUGGUAUGCCACCCGCACCGGGUGCACCACCACCCACACCGACGAUGGUUACAGCAACGGCUACUGUAACGCCACCAACGGGAGUACCAUCAGUGUCUCAACCCGAACCGGGUGAGAUUGAACCGGAAAAGGCACCGGUCCCGGUUACCGUUGCGACUCCUCCAGUAUCUACGCCGGCGUCGAAGAAGCGUAAGAAAGGUGGCGCUGCAGCAGCUGCCAAACACGACGAUGCGGACAAGAAAGACGAUUGA